AAAACAGAGGGGGAGGGACCGUACAGAUGGAAGUCAUAUUUUAAAGCAGCAAUAUAUAUAUAUAUAUAUAUUAGACUGAAUUCCGUUUAGUCUACCGUAAGUACAGUCAGUCAGCCAGCCAGUAGAUCAGUAGAUGUCCACCCCUACAGAGCAUGCGGGUGGUAUGUCCCAGCCCCACCCGGGUCCCCAGGCAGGUGGUAUGUCCCAGCCCCACCCGGGUCCCUCUCCGUGCCCAGGCCGGUCCCCAGGACCAGGCCCCUCCCCUAGCUCCGGACCCCCCAGCGGACCCCCCAGCCUACAGGGGCAGGGGGCUGGGGACUACCUUCAGGACACCAUGCACCCCAUGCACCAGCCGAUGGAGGGCGUUGAUGAGAAGGGGAUGGGAGAUGAGACGAACUAUGGCCAGAUGAAGGGAGUUGGGAUGAGGGCGCUACACAGCGGAAUGGGCCCUUCACAGAGCCCUCUGGACCAGCACAGCAACCAAGGCUACUUGCCCCCACAGCCAUCCCCCCUGGGUGUCCCAGAGCACGCUUCCAGCCCCCUAUCCAGGGGCGGCCCUACGCCUCCCAUGCCCCCUCAGAUGUCCCCCGUCCCGUCGGGCUCCAUGAUCCCCCAGAUGGACCCCCAGUCAGCCAUGGGUCCCCAGGGGCCUCUUGGUCGUGGCUGCUCCUCCUUUAGCCCUGUCCAAUUACAGCAACUCCGGGCCCAGAUCCUGGCCUAUAAGAUCCUGGGGCGGGGCCAACCGCUUCCUGAAAACCUCCAGCUGGCGGUCCAGGGCAAGAGGAGUCUGCCCACCAUGCAGCAACAGCAGCAGCAGCAGCCGAGCACUGGCAGCCCCUACAGCAGGCCUCCUGGUAUGCCCAUGUCCUCUAUGUCUGGACCUCAGUCAGGCCCUGGGCCCACCAUCACUAUGCCAGGACAAAAUCAGACACACGGACCCAAACCCUGGCCUGAAGGUCAAGGUGGUGAUACUCCCAGCAACCCCCAGAAGCUUCUAGCUCCGCCACCCAGUGGUAGACCCUCACCUGCCCCACCCCAGGUCCCUCCCCCUGGACCCAUGUCCGGCCCCUCUAUUACCCAUCAGCCCCAGGGACAGCAGCCGUCGCCCGUCAUCACACUGCAACAGAAACAGAACCGCGUCACGCCGAUCCAGAAACCACAGGGCCUGGACCCCACAGAGAUACUGCAGGAGAGAGAGUACAGGCUGCAGGCCCGUAUCGCCCACCGGAUCCGGGAGCUGGAGAGUCUACCUGGAGCUCUGCCUCCGGACCUGAGGAGUAAAGCCACGGUGGAACUCAAGGCUCUGAGACUUCUCAACUUCCAGCGACAGCUGCGUCAGGAUGUGGUCCAGUGUAUGCGUAGAGACACCACCCUGGAGACAGCCCUGAACUCCAAGGCUUACAAGAGGAGCAAGCGCCAGACGCUGAGGGAGGCUCGCAUGACAGAGAAACUGGAGAAACAGCAGAAGAUGGAACAGGAGAGGAAACGCAGACAGAAACACCAGGAGUAUCUGAACAGCAUCCUGCAGCAUGCCAAGGACUUCAAGGACUACCACCGCUCUAUCACUGCCAAGAUGCAGAAGCAGAACAAGGCCAUCACCACCUGGCACACGAACACAGAGAGAGAACAGAAGAAAGAGACAGAGAGGAUCGAGAAGGAGAGGAUGAGUAGACUUAUGGCGGAGGAUGAGGAGGGCUACAGGAAGCUGAUCGACCAGAAGAAGGACAAGCGUCUGGCGUAUCUGCUGCAGCAGACUGACGAGUACGUAGCUAACCUCACUGACCUCGUCUACGAACACAAGGCUGCACAGGCCGCCAACAUGAAGAAGAAGAAGAAGAAGAAGCAGAAGAAGAAGAAGAAUAUUGAUGAGAGCGGGGAAGGGAUGAGUGGCAUCGGGCCUGACGGGGAGCCCGUGGAUGAUGUCUGUAGUAAUAGUGUGUUGUCCCUCCAGCCCAUGGAUGAU